UCAGGUCCCUUGACAAGAAUAAAAAAUUAAUUAAACAAACCUUCGCGCUUGUUAAUUAUGUUAUCUUACUCCUACGCAUAUUUGUUGCAUUCACGCUUGAGCGAAUGAAAACGUAACGUAACCCAACUUUUAUAACACUGGAGUAUUGAUUUCGUAUUAGUUGUAAAAAUAGUAGUUUUUAAUCUUUCAUCGUAUAAAUCGUACGAGGACAUAAUAAACGCAACGUCAACAGUAAUAUUAUCCAAUUAAUCAAUUGACAUAUAGUGGCGGCAAGUUAUAGGCAUAUCUAUAGAUGGAGAAUACAAGCGAAUCAUUGUCGUCGCUCUUUCACCAAGUGUCAAUGAAUUUCACGUCGAAGAGGGGAAAGUAGUAGAGAAUUUAUGGAAACACGCCCCGUUUGUUUUUUCGUCGUAUACCUGUCAGUUUUAACGAUUUUAUUUAGAAGAAUUGAAAGUGCGUGUACGUUAAGAAACGUAACAUGUUCCGUUAUUUUCUUCGAAAAUUAUAGCAAGAUCAUAAACUGUAGUCGCGAAUUGUGUAGAUGAUUAUUUUUUUAGUAGAUAGUCGCAGAUUUACCAGUUUAAGAUUACCUUCCUUGUUGUUUACCUGACAAUAUGACAAUCUUAUGAUGUGUACAUGCCAAUUUCAUGUCAAUUAUAAUAAUUAAGCAUCAUGUCAACGCCUGAGCAAUUGGCGAUUGUCCAAUCCAAAUUUACCACGGGUGAAACCGUUGUCAUUGCCAUGGAAGCAAAAUACAUACAAGGUUGGGUAAAAUCAUCUCGUUUGCUUGCUUUAGUUAAAAAGGGUUCUACAAAUGCUCUAGUCAUUUUUAUAACUUCUCGAUCACCACCUCAAGUUUAUAGUGAUCUUACUAUUGAAAGGGUAUUACCCAUUGAUCAAGAUUUUCAAUGUGACAUUGAUACUGAUGAGCAAGAUUCUGACCUAACGGAUGUUUAUUUGAAUAUAACAUCUAGAAAAUCUAGAACUAUUUUUGCAAUGAAACCUGGAAUUACAACAACAAAUAUUGUUUCUUCAAUAUUUCAAGCAAUAGAAGUAUAUCAGAGGAACAAGAAUCCUACUACUGAUUUCUUCUGGAUCCAAAAAUUAACUGGAAGUAUUCGUAGCUUGGACAUUAAUAGUGAACCAGUAGAAAGUGCUACAGAGCCAAUCAUUGAGCUUGAUAGUCCAGAUAUAGUUGUGUCUCGACACAACAUAGCUUCUGGUAAAACUCCAAUUGCCACAAGAGAAUCUGUUGUUCGAUAUCACAUGGCAUGCAAAGAAGAUGAUUAUACAUACACUAAAGUUUUAAGGAUAUUUGUUGGAACAUGGAAUGUAAAUGGACAGCCUCCAAAUAAAAUCUCAUUAGAGCAGUGGCUUUGCAAAGAUCAAGUACCUCCUGAUCUGUAUGCAGUUGGAUUUCAAGAAUUAGAUUUAAGUAAAGAAGCUUUUCUUUUCAAUGAUACACCUCGUGAAGAAGAGUGGAGACAAGUUGUUUCUAAAUACCUCCACCCUAAAGGCUCUUAUGAGAUAGUAGCUCUUGUAAGAUUAGUUGGCAUGAUGCUUAUAGUUUUUGCACAAACAACACAUUUUCCAUAUAUAAAAAAUGUUUGUGUAGAUACUGUUGGAACUGGUAUAAUGGGAAAAAUGGGUAAUAAAGGUGGUGUUGCUGUGAGUUUCUUAAUUCACAACACAUCAGUUUGUUUUGUUAAUGCACAUUUAGCAGCACACUGUGAAGAAUAUGAGAGAAGAAAUCAAGAUUAUGCAGAUAUAUGUGGAAGAUUAAAUUUCCAAACUUACAAUCAAAAGGGACUCAAAGACCAUGAUCAAAUUUAUUGGUUGGGUGAUUUGAAUUAUCGUAUAACUGAAAUGGAUGCUCAUACUGCUAAACAUUACAUUUCUUCUGGUAACCUUGCUCCUGUACUAGCACUGGAUCAACUUGGUCAGCAAAAAAAGCUUGGAAGGAUAUUUGCUGCUUUUCAUGAGGCAGAAAUAAAAUUUAAACCAACCUAUAAGUAUGAUCCAGGAACUGAUAACUGGGAUUCAAGUGACAAAGGUAGAGCACCAGCUUGGUGUGAUCGGAUUCUUUGGAAAGGAGAGGGCAUAAGCUCAAUUGAUUAUCGUAGUCAUCCUGAAUUAAAAAUAUCUGAUCAUAAACCAGUUAGCUCAAUAUUUGACUCUCAAAUAAAAGUUAUUGAUAAUGUAAAAUAUCGCAAGAUCCAUGAAGAAUUAAUGAAGAGAUUAGAUAAGUUAGAAAAUGAGUUUUUGCCUCAAGUAACAGUUGAUACUACAGAAAUAAUUUAUGAAACUUUGAAAUUUGCUGAGCCUUGUGCAAAGGAACUAAUUGUUGCAAAUACUGGACAGGUACCAGUUGAAUUUGAAUUCAUCAAAAAAUUGGAUGAUACAUCAUAUUGUAAAGAUUGGUUAACAAUAACUCCUCCUACCAGUUUUAUCAAGCCAGGAGAAAAAUGCGAUAUUAAACUUGAAGUUUGCGUGGAUAAAAGGUGUGCUUGGAAAUUGAAUUCUGGAGAAGACAAAUUAUAUGACAUUUUGGUAUUGCACUUAGUUAAUGGAAAGGAUAUAUUUAUUACUGUAACAGGUAACUAUGAACGCAGUUGUUUUGGUUGUUCAAUGGAAGCGUUAGUUCACAUUCCUGUUCCAAUCAGAGAAAUACCUGCUGGAAGGAUAGCUGAUUUGGAAAAUAAUAAAAAUGUUUCACAAGAUCCCUAUUCAGUACCAAAAGAAAUUUGGUUACUAGUUGAUAGACUUUACCGACAUGGAAUAAAGACCGCAGGAUUAUUUGAAACCCAAGGUCUACACAGUGAAAUAUUAGCAAUAAGAGAUUGGCUGGAUAUUGGUAGCCAAGAUCCGAUGCCUGGAAGUGUACAUUCUGUUGCUGAGGCUUUACUUCUACUAUUAGAUUCUGCUCCAGAACCACUUGUUCCAUACAAUCUUCAUAACAUUUGUCUAUCAGUAGCUACUAAUUAUGCGCAAUGUAAACAGAUUGUUAUGCAGUUGUCUGAAAUCAGGAGAACAGUAUUUUUGUACAUAUGCGCUUUUCUACAAGAACUUCUGAAUCAUACAGCUGACAAUGGGCUAGAUCCUAGAACUUUGGCUUCUCUAUUUGGCUCUUUUUUCUUGCGCGAUCCCCCGAGAAGUCGAGAUAUAAAUAAUACACGAAGUAAGGGUACUCAAGCCACUUUCGACCGGAAAAAAGCAGCUUUUAUAUAUCACUUUUUGAUAAACGAUCAGAGUGAUUUCAUCAACCGAUAAAGUUAAUUUAAAUUUACCAAGAGAUUUUUCAAGAUUAAUAUAUUCCUUCACGACUUUCAAGUAACAUACAUGAUGAAGCAGAUGUAUGAUCUCAGUAGCUUAUGACAUGUGGUCAACUGCUUUUCUAUAGUCAUCCGUAUAGAUCUUUCCCACUUGCUCAUAUAUAAACAUACUUAGUUUUGAAAAUGUUAGCUAUUAAAUACGAAACUUGGGUGUAAAGCUGCAAUGCCGAGAGAUUUUAUUUUUCUUCGCAUUUGCGAGCUAAGUAUUUUUAUAGUUUUUAUACGUGUAAAAAAACAAGCCAAGAAAAAUAUGGCAUUGGUUUAUUUUAAGCCAUCAGUCAGAACGAGAGAUUUAUCAUAUGCCAUUGAAAAAGUUAUGUAUUUAAAACAAAUACGUAAAUAUAAGUUUGUAAACCAAGAUCUUUGUAAUCUAUUGUAAUAUAUUUGAGAUUUUUAGAUAGCCCAAUUUUAAUUAUCAAUUAUAAAAAAACAAACUAUUUCCAACAUAUUGUGUUAAUUAAAUUAACACUAUAUUAACUUUUUUGCAUAAUUGUAUUGAUUAAUUUAGUCAAUAUAAACCCUAUCAUUUACCUAUAUCAUAUGAUUAUGUAACUUGUUGAUAGGCCAAUAAAA